CUAGGAGAUGUGAUACGUUUACUAUUGCACAUCCGGGGCCUUUAUUUAGGACAAGAACCGCGGUCCCAAGCUGGUUAAGUUAGCACCGUUAGCUUACUAGCUAGCCUCUGCACAAAAACAAACAUUUAUUAGCCGCUUGCGGCAACGGUACUUUACCUUUCUUUUAGCUGUCGGUGGUGAUUUAAUAAGUCAAAUACUACUGUAUGUAGGUGGCUGUGUUUUAAUAGUCGUUAAAUGGGCUUAUGGUACAGUGGUCAGAGUAGUAAAAACAUUGUGUUUUAUACACGUGAAGAAGUAAAUAAAUAGCUGACUGACCGCCAGCAUGGGUAGGCGCUCGUCCGACAGUGAUGAUGACAGCCGAAGCAGGAGAAAAAAGAAACAGCGUCGCCGCUCGUCUUCCUCUUCUUCUUCUUCGUCCUCUUCCUCUGGCAGCAGAGUGAGAAGUAGCCGCAGUCGGAGGUCCAGUCGCCGCCGGAGCCGCUCUCGCUCCAGAGACAGGAGGAGGAGAAGACGUUCCAGCAGCAGUUCGUCUCACAGUUCAUCUCGCAGGAGGAGGAGUCGAAGCGCAGAGAGAGACAAAGGGAGGAGCCACCGUUCACACAGGUCACGCAGCCGGGACAGGAGGUCUCAUUCUCGCCACCGGCGGUCUCGAAGUAGGAGCGGCAGUCGCAGCCGUCGAGGUACCCACAGCCGCAAAAGGAGCCGCAGCCACAGCAGGGACCGGGACCGGAGCCGGCGCAAGGGCCGUGACCGGGAGAGGGAAAAAGACAAGGAGAGAGGACGGGACAGAGACAAGGACAAAGAGAAGGACAAGAGUAAAGAUAAGGCAGAGAAAAAGGGGGACGCUGGGAACAUCAAAGGCAGAUUAGAACAUCUGACUCCAGCAGAGCAGGCUAAGGUUCGAAUGCAUUUGGUCCUGCAGGCUGCGGCUAAGACUGAUGAAGUCCUGAAGGCCAAAGUUGCCAAAAGAGAGGAGGAGGCGGCCCGGAAGAAGCUAGAAGAAGAGGGAACUUCUCUGGAGGAACAAGUGCGAAGGAUAAAGGACAUUGAGGCCAUCGAGAGUGAUUCUUUUGUUCCUCAGGCUUUCAAAUCAUCCAGGGAUGAAAUAAAGACUGAGCUGCCUGAGGUGAAGCAGGAGCCAGAGAGGGCAUAUUCGCAGGACGUCACACUUCCCACGUCAAUAGUAUACAGUGACACUGACACGCUUGCUCAUCCAAGUUUGUUUUUGGAUAAGGAGAAGGCUGAGGAGCUGUGGCUGCUAAGGCUGAUCUCGCUGCGACAGGAGAGGCUGAUGGGAAGCCCCGUGCCCUGAGCAGCAUCGGUGACCCGAGAGGUCUUUCCUGUUCCCAGGACAAUUUCAGUCUCCGUUUGAACCUCAUUCAUAUAGUCAUGUUUGGUUUUAUUUUAUUUUAGCCCCUGUCAUAUUUUCUCAUGUUUCAGGACAUCACAGUAUGUUUUUAUCCCCCUUCCUCUAAUUUCUCUUAGUAAUUAUACAGACUAGUGAGACUUUGUACAAAUAAACAUUUUUUGGUUUCAA